UUUUGGUAAGACACCCGGAAGUGCAGAAACAGGCGAAGAUCGAAACCCAAAAGACUGAAGUUUUCACCGCCGAGUUUUACCUCAACUGACAGCAUUUUCGACAGCGGUGUGUAAGAAUUCGAUCGUGUUGUACUUAGAUUCACAAACAGUCGCCUCAACAUGUCAAGCAUGGAGAAACAUCUCUUCAAUUUAAAAUUUGCUGCCAAAGAGCUCAAUAGAAAUUCUAAGAAAUGUGACAAAGAGGAGAAAGCAGAGAAGCUUAAAGUCAAAAAGGCCAUUCAAAAGGGGAAUAUGGAAGUUGCAAGGAUCCAUGCAGAAAACGCCAUCAGACAGAAGAACCAGUCGGUGAACUUUUUGAGGAUGAGCGCUCGGGUAGAUGCGGUGGCAGCAAGAGUGCAAACUGCAGUUACAAUGAACCAGGUCACAAAAAAUAUGGCUGGAGUUGUGAAGGGCAUGGAUAAAACUCUGCAAAGUAUGAAUCUGGAAAAGAUUUCAGGCCUUAUGGACAAGUUUGAGCACCAGUUCGAGACUCUGGAUGUUCAGACUUCCCAAAUGGAGGACACUAUGAGCAGCACCACAACACUCACAACGCCACAGAACCAAGUGGAGUCACUGCUGCAUGAAAUGGCUGAUGAAGCAGGGUUGGAUUUGAACAUGGAGCUUCCUCAGGGACAGACAGGAUCAGUGGGUACCAGCGUUGCCUCUGCAGAACAGGAUGAACUGUCUCAAAGGCUCGCCAGACUCAGAGAUCAGGUGUAAAGGAAUCGACUGAACCGGCACCGUGAAACAGAGCUGUCAGCAUCUGUACACUACGUGAAAUAGCGCUCACUCCACCUCAUAUGUAUAUUACAUCUUCUCUCCCUUUUCAUGUGUCUCUGUCAACAGGCCUUUCUGUGGUGUUUUAAUUUCGUGGCCCUUUUUGACUCUAUGUUCAUAAUAAACUCACUCACAGGGAUUUCUUGCUGUUGUUUGGAUAUCUUUGUAUAUACUAACACAAAAUCUAGUGAUAAAAACACAAUGUCUUUCUUAUAAAUGCAUAUUUAAAUAUGUAGAGUUAGGAACUGCAUUCAUGAAUCCAACACGUGGAAGAUAUUAUCAGUUGUAAAAGGGCCAGUUUCAUCAAGCUUUGUGAACUUUAUUAAGGUUUUGAUUAUUUGUUCAUAUGAGCAUGAAUCCAGCAAAAAAUACAUUUAUCUCUUCUUGAUAUCAGUGUGAGAGCCCCUCAUUCUCUUGUUUAAUGUCUUUAUUUUAUUUCUACAUAUAUUUUAAGAAGAUACUGAAAGAUUAGUCCAUGUCUUUGGCUGAUCACCUUCAUUAUGUUCCUUGAUCAUUUGGGUUGGGUUACAGUAAGUAAAAAAUAAAAUUUUAUAAUACUUUUA